AUGUCAAUUUUUAUGGCGAAAAUUCUAAAUUUGCAGGUCCCAAUUUAUGCCAGAGCUCUGGAUCUCAAGCACCUUUUAGAUCUGAAGAAAGCAGGUGCAACAGAUGCUAUUCUGGAAAGUGCAGAGACAAGUUUGCAGCUGGGCUCUAAGCUUUUGAAAGGGCUUGGAGUUAUGUCUGAUGAUGUGAACUUUCUCCGUCAGCUCUUUCGUGAUUCCAUGGAGCUGCAAGCUCAAGAAGGAGUGAGCAAAACUGAUGAUAGAGAAUUUAAUAGUCUGAAGCCUAUGCAGGUACUUGCAAGGAAGUUUGAAGACGUAAACUUCUUGCAACUUCAACUUGAAUUACUAUGUGAGAGUUGCCGACUUGAUUGA